GGCGCUGUUUGCGAGUCUGUGGCUGUCUGCUGCUUGCACAGACAGCUAGCUCGUUAGCACAGACAGCUAGCCUGUUAGCAACCACAACAACAGAACACCCCGGACAGCUAGCGCUACAAUCAAACCCAACUCAAAGGGGGCAAACUGCUUCCAUCUGGCGCACGCCGAUGCAGAUGGACGUCAGGACUGAACGUUGACAACUGGAAGUGACGGAUCCCUUCUCCUCCUCACCCUCUUUGCCCCCCCCCUCCCCCACCCGACACCUUCCGUCACGCUGGCAAUGUCAAGAGUCCCGAGUCCCCCUCCCCCUGCGGAAAUGUCCGGCGGGCCCGUGGCCGAGAGCUGGUGUUACACGCAGAUCAAAGUGGUGAAGUUCUCUUACAUGUGGACCAUCAACAAUUUCAGCUUCUGCCGUGAGGAGAUGGGCGAGGUCAUCAAGAGCUCCACCUUCUCUUCAGGGGCCAACGACAAGCUGAAAUGGUGUUUGCGAGUGAAUCCCAAAGGCCUGGAUGAGGAGAGCAAAGACUACCUGUCCCUCUACCUGCUGCUGGUCAGCUGUCCGAAGGCCGAGGUGCGCGCCAAGUUCAAGUUCUCCAUCCUCAACGCCAAGGGGGAGGAGACCAAAGCUAUGGAAAGCCAGAGAGCGUACCGCUUUGUUCAAGGGAAAGACUGGGGCUUUAAAAAGUUCAUCCGGAGAGACUUCCUCCUCGAUGAGGCCAACGGCCUCCUGCCCGACGACAAGCUCACGCUCUUCUGCGAGGUGAGCGUGGUGCAGGACUCGGUCAACAUAUCCGGGCAGAACACCAUGAACAUGGUGAAGGUGCCCGACUGCCGGCUGGCGGAUGAGCUGGGGGGCCUGUGGGAGAACUCCCGCUUCACGGACUGUUCGCUGUGUGUGGCCGGACAGGAGUUCCAGGCCCACAAAGCCAUCCUGGCAGCGCGCUCGCCCGUAUUCAGCGCCAUGUUUGAGCACGAGAUGGAAGAGAGUAAAAAGAACCGAGUGGAGAUCAACGACGUGGAGCCGGAGGUGUUCAAAGAGAUGAUGUGCUUCAUUUACACUGACAAGGCUCCCAACCUGGACAAGAUGGCUGAUGACCUGCUGGCAGCAGCGGACAAAUACGCCCUGGAGAGACUGAAGGUCAUGUGUGAGGACGCGCUGUGUACAAGUCUGUCGGUGGAAAACGCCGCCGAGAUCCUCAUCCUGGCGGACCUGCACAGCGCCGACCAGCUGAAGACACAGGCCGUCGACUUCAUCAACUACCAUGCUGCCGAGGUGAUGGAGACGGCGGGCUGGAAGUCCAUGGUGGCGUCUCAUCCGCACCUGGUGGCCGAGGCGUACCGCUCCCUGGCUUCAGCCCAGUGCCCUUUCCUCGGACCCCCCCGCAAGCGCCUCAAACAAUCCUAACAGGAAGACGUCCCCGCUGGCGCGUACGCACACAUGCGCAUAUCCAUACCGAGACACAACGACCCCUCCCCUCACGCGGGGACAUCCCUUCCCCCUCGCCGUGGCCCACUACGAUACCUGCAGCCUCCCCCCGAAUCUGCCCCAUAAGAACUUUUUAGUCUUUUCUGAAGAUGGAGGGAAGAAGGAGGUGCAAGAGAGGGGCGGCGCAAGUUUACAGAAAAAAGAACACAACCCCGUCCCCCUCCA